AAGUCUACAAAAGCAAAGAAAUAAAAAAAACACUAGAAGUGUAAGUUCUGUCUUCCCAAUUUGACCAUAUAAUGCUCUUUACCGUUUAACUGUAUCCGGUAUAUAUGUGCGUUUUGGAGUGAAAUACCAGAAGCUUGUAAAUCCAAAAUAAUUAAUUGAUGAAAAUAUGAACGGCUUAAAUGUAUUUUACAGUUGAGCAAAAUAUACACUCUCACAUUCUCCUUUUUUCCGGCGACACACAGGCGUUUGUUUUGAAGUUCUCCAUCUGUUAAUUUCCGGUUUUGUUUCGCCUCACGGUGCGCAAAUCUAUCGCAACUGGACCUGCAGCCUUCGCCGAGGAGUCUCCCUCCUCCUCUCCGCCUCUGGGUGUCUAAACAGAAGAAAAGGGCAAAUAAAGCCUGCACUUCUCGCUCAGGUGUGACAUUUUUGGAGUUCCCGGCUCAAUUUGAACCGCGACCCCUCCCAACCCCCCCCCCCCCCGCCCCCCCUCCUCCCCUCUCCCCCCCGGGCCCCCACGAUGACAGACGCCGCACCGCCAGACCCCCCCGCCGCCCCGGACCCGGUGGUAGCGGAGCAGACGGAGUCCCAGCAGCGGCACACCGACGCGGAGGCGCCGGCCGAGGGUUUGCAGAUGGACCAGGAGAUGAAGAUCUCGGACAGCGUGGAGGACGGAGGUCUCCUGGAAAGCAGCGUGCGCCUGAAGCCCCACGAGGCGCAGAGCUACCGCAAGAAAGCUCUCUGGGUCUCCAUGGUCUCCAUAGUGAUCACGAUCAUCCUGGCCAUCGCCGCUUUCACUGUUUCCAUCAUGCGCCACAGCGCGUCAGCAUUUGGAUUUGCCUUCGACGCCGCGCUCGACGUCCUGUCCUCGGCCAUCGUGCUGUGGCGGUACAGCAACGCCGCGGCCGUACACUCGGCCCACCGAGAGUACAUAGCCUGUGUCAUCCUGGGCGUGGUUUUCAUUCUGUCCUCCCUGUGCAUUAUGGGUAAGGCCAUCCACGACCUGGCCACCAAGCUGCUACCCGAAGUGGACGACUUCCUGUUCAGUGUGUCCAUUAUCAGCGGCUUGUUGUGCAUCACGCUGGCUGCAGUCAAGUUCAUGCUCGGCAGAGUGCUCACUAGCCGGGCCCUCAUCACUGAUGGAUUCAACUCCCUGGUGGGCGGAGUCAUGGGCUUCUCCAUUCUCGUCAGUGCUGAAGUGUUCAAGCACGAGCCCCAGGUGUGGUACCUGGACGGGGCGAUAGGCGUCCUCAUAGGUCUCAUCAUCCUCGCCUACGGAGUCAAGCUGCUGCUGGACAUGGUGCCACGGCUCCGACAGACCAGGAACUACGAGCGCUUCGAGUGACGUGUGGAGCGGGGGCGGGAUGGGGGGGAGAAGACGAGGGUUUCGGGGAAGGACGGGAGGGCGGCUGACUGACCGGCCGACAGGAGAAGCGCGGGGGUUCGAGCCCCCGCUCCCUGACUCCCGUCAUUCAUUUGAACUGAGGAUCCAGGCUGAUGAUGCCAACGCAGACGGAGGAAAUUAUCGCCGCCUUUUAAGUGUUUUACAAUUAUAUUUAUUCGUCUUAUUAACACUAAACGUGGGUUGUGUGUCGUUUCAUGCCUCCACAAUCAAACGUGGAAGGGGGGGGGUGAGAGUCAGUCGAUUGAGGGGUGGAGCUUGGUGUACCUGGAACACCAGAGAGUUGUCGCACCUCAUUGUGGUUCUUAGAGGCCUCUGCUCCAGUGAAAGUGAUGCUGUAGCUAGUGUAGCAGUGGAGAUUAAUGUUGUUUUACCUUUGUGGCCGGAGGAUAUAUCAUUACAAGGCUCGUUUGACACCGGGUGUGUGUGUGUGUGGAGGGGGGGGGGGGGUGACAUGCGAGUUGCUGUUUACAAUGUUUAUCUAGAUUGUUGUUGGCUCUGUUUCAGUGACGAUAUAAAUCUAUCUGCAUCCGGUCGCUAAGGAGAGCUGUGACCUCAGCCUCUGCUUCCCCGGAAACGUGACAGGAGGGAAACGGCAGCUUCAGGUGGACAGAAAAAUGUGUUUUUCUUUUUUCUUCUUUUUACAUUCACAACCUGCGCCAUCUACUGUUGCACUCGGGUCAUUAGAGAUACAGCUGCGAGGCCUCCAAUGCACAACGCGGUAUUUCGCGCUGGAGUCAAAGGCCGACGAGGGCCGACAUUUAUUAUGUUCGCUUGCACAACCCGGUCUCGCUGUCAAUGUGCCGAAUCGAUUGUGCGUUGAGUCGGGGCUCCCUUGGUUUGCGAGCUGGGGAGGGAUGUACAAGUGCUACUUUCCACCACUGCACAUGUGGUCUUAUUCGUGGUUUGUGAACUAGUCUGGCUAAAGUAAUAUUAUAGUGUCUUUCUUCUAGUCUCGAUGCCUGAGGGACAGGUCCGCCUGAUGGUUGUUUGUGGUCCUCAUGUUUAUUUUUUUUCAGAACUUGUGGAGUAAUUAAAAUGGGUUGAUGUUGUUCAUUUUCUGAUUUAAACUAUGAAGAAAGAUGAUUUUAUUGGGGUCUGGCGCUUCACAGAGGAUCCUUUAUUUCAUUUUUUUUCAUUAAGUGAAUACAUGUAAAAGCACAAAACCUGAGUUACUGCAGCACUGUGGAACAUGGCGUUUGGUCGCCAUGGCUACAGGAGCAGGAGCGAGAGGACGUCUCGUCUCACUGCAACCAAAUAUACACACGGCAAAAUGUGCCAGCGUAUUGAUCCUGUGUUUUGUCCCUUUUAAGGACUUUUAUUUGAAUACUAAAGUUGUAUUUUAAGGUUGUAAGAACGGUUUAGCAAAGUUAGCAGUUAUAUUUGUGCCGAAAAUGUUUGAGGCCCAAAAUGAACCCACAUUUUUGCUCAGUAUUGUACGACUUU